AUGAUCCGUAAACAAGCUCGUGAAAGAAGAGAAUACCUCUACCGUAAGGCUCUCGAACUCCAGGAAUCCAGUCAGACAGAAAAAAGGCAGCAGUUGAAGGCUGCUUUAGCUAGUGGUAAGGCAUUACCUAAAGAUGUCGCAGAUGACGAACAGUUAAGAAAAGAUUUCAUCUACGAUGAAAGUCAGCAAGAGGCUAUAGAUGACGAAUACCUGGCACUCUCUGGUAUAUCUGACCCAAAGAUAGUGGUUACGACAUCAAGAGAUCCAUCAACAAGAUUAUCACAAUUCACCAAGGAAAUCAAGCUCUUGUUCCCCAACUCUAUACGAUUAAACAGAGGUAACUAUGUGAUGCCUGAAUUGGUCCAAGCAUGUAAGCUGUCUUCAACGACAGACCUUGUUGUCAUUCAUGAACAUAGAGGUGUACCAACUUCGCUUACCAUAUCACAUUUCCCUCAUGGUCCCACUGCAUUUUUCACCUUACAUAAUGUUGUCUUAAGACAUGACAUCCCUGACGUUGGGAACCAGUCCGAAAGUUACCCACAUUUAAUUUUCGAAAACUUUUCAAGUGCAUUGGGUAAGAGGGUAGAGAACAUACUAAAGCAUUUAUUUCCCCCCGGAGUCAAGAAAGACUCGUCAAGAGUGAUUACAUUCAACAACGAUGGUGAUUUCAUAUCUGUCAGACAGCAUGUAUAUGUGAAGACUAGAGAAGGUGUAGAGUUAGCAGAAAUUGGACCAAGGUUUGAAAUGAGAUUGUUUGAAUUACGCCUCGGUACUUUGGAUAACAAGGAUGCAGACAUUGAAUGGCAAUUGAGAAGAUUCGUGAGGACUGCCAAUAGAAAGGACUAUUUAGCGUAA